AUGGCAGACCAACACGAGGUCGAUCUCGACUCUAUAAUCGACCGUCUACUUGAGGUGCGAGGCAGCCGGCCUGGCAAGCAAGUUCAGCUCCUUGAGGCUGAGAUCCGCUACCUCUGUACUAAGGCUCGUGAGAUCUUCAUUUCUCAGCCCAUCCUCCUCGAGCUUGAGGCCCCCAUUAAGAUCUGUGGUGAUAUUCACGGACAGUACUACGAUCUUCUCCGACUCUUCGAGUACGGUGGCUUCCCUCCCGAGGCCAAUUACCUCUUCCUCGGUGAUUAUGUCGACCGAGGAAAGCAAUCUCUUGAGACCAUCUGCUUGCUUCUCGCCUACAAGAUCAAGUACCCCGAAAACUUCUUCAUCCUUCGAGGUAACCACGAGUGUGCCUCCAUCAACCGUAUUUAUGGAUUCUACGACGAGUGCAAGCGUCGCUAUAACAUCAAGUUGUGGAAGACAUUCACCGACUGCUUCAACUGCCUUCCUAUCGCUGCUAUCAUCGACGAGAAGAUUUUCACCAUGCACGGUGGUCUGAGCCCUGAUCUCAACUCUAUGGAGCAGAUCCGCCGGGUUAUGCGCCCUACUGAUAUUCCUGACUGCGGUCUUCUCUGUGAUCUUCUGUGGUCUGAUCCCGAUAAGGAUAUUACUGGAUGGAGUGAAAACGAUCGAGGUGUUUCUUUUACUUUCGGUCCUGAUGUUGUCUCGCGUUUCCUCCAGAAACACGAUAUGGAUCUUAUUUGCCGAGCUCACCAGGUUGUUGAGGAUGGCUACGAAUUCUUCUCCAAGCGCCAGCUGGUCACACUAUUCAGUGCGCCCAACUACUGUGGUGAAUUCGACAAUGCUGGUGCUAUGAUGAGCGUCGACGAGAGUUUGCUGUGCUCUUUCCAGAUCUUGAAACCCGCUGAAAAGAAGCAAAAGUAUGUUCAAAAGAAUGGCAGCAAAAACACGCCAAUCAACUCCCCCUCCAAGAUGAAGAAAUGA